GGUGGAGGAAGGACAGAGUCUCAGUCACUGAGUCGGCAGGAGAGGAGAAGGGUCAAUGCCUUCCCUGUUUUAUGGCUUAAUCUCAGUAGAUGUCACUGGACAAACCUGAGAGUUUUAGGGUUUUCUUUCAAUCCAACGCAUGUUAGCUGUGACCUUUUGGCUAUCUGCCCAUAACAGCACAAUCUGAAUCUGAUUCACUGGGCUAUUGGAAACGGCAGCUAAUACACAGGUGUGAUGAUGAAACAUCUACUGCUGCUAUCCCUCCUCCUUAGCUCUAGUCAUGGGAUAGCUCUGGAGGACCUAAAGGGCCCACUGGAAAACAAGGCAAUACUCGUCCCUGAAGCUACCACAGUUCCCUAUCCCAUCUACCAGUUUGUGUCAAAAGUAGAAGGUGUGACUGCAUACAGAGUAAGCGGAGACCUGCAGGAAAUCAGCAUAUCUGCAGACGGCUGGCUGUACCUCACAGAACAACUGUUCUGGUCCGACAAGGAAGCACACUCACUGCAGAUUGAGGCUCUUGCAGAUGAUGUGACAGUAGAUGGACCAUAUGAUGUAGUCCUGACAGUUGUGGACAUAAAUAACAAUGCACCCACCUUUGAGCAAGAUCAAUACGUAGGAGAGGUGAUGGAGCACUCGACAGCAGGCAUGCCAUUUGUGCGCGUGGUUGCAUCUGAUACCGAUGACCCCAAUACUGCCAACGCUGCCCUGAGGUACAGCAUUAUGAGAGUGAUUCCAAGCACAACAGAAACCUUGUUCCAGAUCGACCCACAGACAGGGGAGAUCUCCACUACUGAAGAUGGUGCCAGGCUCCUUAAAGCACGUGCAGGGCUGAGAUACAGUCGGGGUGAAGAACGUGGCAGCCGUGAAGUACUGGAGAAGAAGUUUAAUCACUUCUGUUCGCCAGUUCAUGAUGUUCCAUAUGAGCAAAACCCUUUUUUCAGUUGCGUUCUUAGAAGAGAGUCUCGGCAGGUGGGUGCUACGACUGACCCCGACUACACCUUGAUAGUGAUAGCAGAGGAUAUGGGGGGAGCACCAAAUGCUCUGUCUGGCACCACACGGGUUAAUGUGGUCGUCCGUCAAAACUUGUGGGUAGCCCCUGCACCAAUCACGAUCACAGAGAAUCUGAAAGGAGAAUACCCCAUGCUGAUUGCCACGGUGACAUCUAAUGACCCUAAUCCAAUAUACAGUUUGGGUCAGAAGGAGAGAACCAACUUUCCUUUCAGUAUAAACCCUGAUGGAGAAAUCUAUGUUACUGAGGCACUGGACCGUGAGGAGAAAGACAUGUAUGUGUUAGUGGUGUUUGCAAAGGAUGACCAGGGUGUGGAUUUGGAAAGGCCCAUGGAGAUCCAUGUGACUGUGAAAGACGAGAAUGACAAUGCUCCAGAGUGUGGUGAUAUCAAGGAGUUUGAAGUGCAAGAGAAUGAGCUCGUGGGAAGUGUAGUGGGUCGUUUGUUGGCCCAUGAUGCUGAUGACGAGAACACACUAAAUGCCUUGCUGACCUACACGCUGCUGAGUCAGACCCCCGCUACAGCCAUGUUUUCUCUCGAUGGCCUCACUGGUGACAUUAAAGUGGCCAAGGCUGGAUUCCGGCGGUCAGUCACCCCUGAGUACACCCUCACUCUCUCUCUCAGUGAUGGAGGAACACCAGCCAAGACUGUACAGUGCCAGAUCAGUGUGAAGGUCAUUGACAUCAAUAAUGAGCUCCCCUUGUUUGAGAAAAAUAAUUAUGGGAAGAUUAACGUGUCAGAGAACGCCGAGCUUGGCACUGAGCUGCUGACCGUCAAGGCAACCGAUGCUGAUGACCCUGGCACAGGGAGCUCCAAGGUGGAGUACACCAUUGCAGAGGGCGAUCCUAAUGGAGUCUUCACCAUUGUCGUCGAUGAAGCCACAGGAGAGGGAAAGCUCACCAUUGCCAGGCCUCUGGACUUUGAAGAGCACCCCACCUACACGCUCCAGAUUCACGCUCGAAACCCUGAGCCCCUGGUCAAAGGGAUGGACUAUGGCGCAGAGUCCACAGCAGUGGUCACAGUGGAUGUCGACAAUGUGGAUGAGGCACCUGUGUUCGAGCAGGAGUUGCUGCGUGUGACUGUCCCAGAGAACCUGACCGUGGGAGCCACGGUGCUGGACAUCAAGGCCCACGACCCAGAAGGAAAGGAGAUCUUAUUUAAGCUGGAGGGAGAUGAGAGAGGCUGGUUUGAGAUCGACUCAGCCACAGGGCAACUGAAGACCAAGGCAGCUCUAGACUAUGAGGAGGUUCAGGAUCUCACUUUGAUGGUCAUGACCUAUGAAAAGGAUGCUCCAGACAUGAAGACCGAGAAGGAAGUGGCUAUCCGUCUGAUGGAUGUAAACGAUAACGUGCCCAAAAUGGUGGUGACCCAGAACUUCAUUUGCGUCAAGGACCACAAGACACCGCUGGUCAUUAAGGCGGAGGACAGAGAUUCUCACCCCUUUGGCGACCCCUUCACGUUCAGCCUUGGCACCAAGAACAAGCGCUCACCCAACUGGGAGGUCACGCAAGUGGACGGAACCUCUGCCCACCUGACCCUAAAGAAGGUCCCUCCUGCCGACCAGACAUUUGGCGUGCCUAUAAACAUCAAAGACAAUGCUGGAAUGGGGAUUACACACACAUUUGAAGUGAACGUGUGCAACUGUACCGAGUUCGGGUCAUGUUUCAUUGAGCCCCUCAAGCUUCCAAGACUUUCUGUGGCGGAGACCGUUGGUAUCCUUGGAGGAGUCCUUGGCUUCAUUGUUAUCGUGUUGAUUAUCGCCAUAAAAAAAUCUAAGAAGAAGAGCAAAAAGAUAAAUGAAGGCGAGGACGAAGGCAUGAUGUAGACAUACUCACACACACACACACACACACACACACACACACACACACACACACAAAGAGAGUGUGAGAGAGAGAAUGUUAUUCCUGAUUUAUUUCAUUAACAAGACUCAGGAAUUCAAUGGUCAAGCUCAACUGGCUAUUGUGUAGUUCACUGUAGAAAGAAACUCCCUAUACUUUUUACUUUAUUCCUUUCUAGAGGAGUGUUCAAAUUAACUGUCCAGUGUUCAUAUUGUUUCCUUGUGAAUAGCCCAAGCAUCUCCAAAGGGUUUCUAGCUUGCAUCUUCUACAUUGAAUACUUGGACAAUUUUGUAUAUCAAUUUCACAAAUAAAGAUGUGGGGAAAAAUGUGAAAAAUGCUUCAUUGUUGUGAAUUAGGGAGAUUAUUAGAUGUUAUCUGACCAUAUAGAGAAGAACAGACUUCUUAUGUUGAGGUUGUUAGAUUAAAGAUUAUGCAGAUUGAGACAGCACUUUAGGCUGUUGGGACCUUCAGACCACCAGGAUCACAAGAGAGCGGCAGCCUGCUGAGAGCAUGUGGAAUAACCUUGGAACAGUUGUGUUGUGUUGGACAUCAUGCUGCAGGGCUGACAAUGCUGGGCCUUGUAACAUCUUAUGACUUUAGAAUGUGUGUAGAAUAAUUUGUGAU